GAGCGCGCGCUUGCGGACGCGGCGGCAUUAAACGGUUGCAGGCGCGGCGCACUGGUCGUUGUCUUCUCUGGUCUCUGUCUUGACGGUGUUUGCCCGCUGUCUGGGUCUCGGGAAGCCUAAACUCUGACUAGGCCUUACUCCUUUUCACCCAUUUGUAGCCGCGUUGUAGACUUCGCCACCAUGUUCGAGGCGCGCUUGGUCCAGGGGUCCAUCCUCAAGAAGGUGCUGGAAGCGCUCAAGGACCUCAUCAACGAGGCCUGCUGGGACAUCAGCUCUGGCGGCGUCAACCUGCAGAGUAUGGACUCUUCCCACGUCUCCUUGGUGCAGCUCACCCUGCGCUCCGAGGGCUUCGACACAUACCGCUGUGACCGUAACCUGGCCAUGGGCGUGAACCUCACCAGCAUGUCCAAAAUACUAAAAUGUGCUGGCAAUGAAGACAUUAUUACAUUAAGGGCUGAAGAUAAUGCGGACACCCUGGCACUAGUAUUUGAAGCACCAAAUCAAGAGAAAGUUUCAGACUAUGAAAUGAAGUUAAUGGAUUUAGAUGUUGAGCAACUUGGAAUUCCAGAACAAGAGUACAGUUGUGUAGUAAAGAUGCCUUCUGGUGAAUUUGCACGUAUAUGCCGAGACCUCAGUCAUAUUGGAGAUGCUGUUGUAAUAUCCUGUGCAAAAGAUGGAGUGAAAUUUUCUGCAAGUGGAGAACUUGGAAAUGGAAACAUUAAGUUGUCACAAACGAGUAAUGUUGAUAAAGAAGAGGAAGCUGUUACCAUAGAGAUGAAUGAGCCAGUUCAGCUAACUUUUGCACUGAGGUACCUGAACUUCUUUACAAAAGCCACUCCACUCUCUCCCACAGUAACACUCAGUAUGUCUGCAGAUGUACCCCUUGUUGUAGAGUAUAAAAUUGCUGACAUGGGACAUUUAAAGUAUUAUUUGGCUCCCAAGAUUGAGGACGAAGAAGGAUCUUAGGCAUUUUUAAAAUCUGAGGAAAUAAAAUUAAGCUCUUUGAGAACUGCUUCUGAGAUGCCAUCAUGUACUGAAAGUCUUUUCUGUCACCAAAUUUGUAACUGAGUACAUAUGUAGAUAAUGUUUUCUGUAAAUAACCUAUUUUUCCCCCUUCAUUCUCUACAGCUUAAAAAUAAAAUCCAAAGUCAAAUCUGGUCUUGUUAACCUAGAAAUACUUUUGCCUUACUUAGAAAUACUUCUGGUGAUUUUUAUAACAAAAGGGUCUUGGCUUUAAAUGCAGUUUUAAGAAUUGUUUUUUGAUUUAAAUAAAGUUAUCUGAAUUUCAAAUUUCACA